UGCCGCCCACAGUUUGGCAGUGGCUGUUACACCAGGAAUGUCUGACCUGUGUUUACAGCUCACACACACACACGCUGGGGAACCGAGAGUGGUCCUAAACCUCUGCUCGAGAACGGAGAACUUUCAGUCUUGCUGCAGGAAGUUUGGUGAUGAAAGACAGUGUUCCUGUGUCGCUCCUACCAGCAGAUGGCAGAAGGGACCAGGUUUCUGUCCGCUGUGACCUUGGCCUGCAGUUAGAGGGUCAAACGACCACCCAAAUUCCUCUGAACAAAAAGAUCCAGACACAUGCACACAGAGGAACAUUCCCUGCUUCUGCCUCACACAGUAUUAGGACCACAUAAAGACAAAGACAGACAGCUGGAAAACAAGGCAGCAGCUGCACGAGUGGAGCUAGAGCGAAAUCAUCAGUUUAUCCAGUAAAGAAGUGUGUCCGAUGGGUGGAGGAGCCACCAGACUGUACAGCGCUCUGACUCAGGCCCUCAGCAGCAGCUCUCCUCUCCCCCUCCCUCCGUCCCAUCUGGACGCCCACCAGCCUGCGGACACAAACCUGGAUCCAGAUUUCUGUCAGGAGCAGAGGGGGUCUCCUGUAUGUCCCCCUGAUCCGGUGGAGCUGCUUCGACAGUGUGAGGAGGCCCUCAGAGACAGACCACCUCGCUUCAACAGGAAGUUCAUUCACCUUAAUGAUGGAGACAGCGCCCCCAGCAGCCCCAUGAGGGUGAUGCAGUGGAACAUUCUGGCCCAAGCUCUGGGUGAGGGACUUGACAGUUUUGUCCAGUGUCCCCUGGAGGCCCUCACCUGGUCCCACAGGAAGUAUCUCAUCUUAGAGGAGAUCCUCACCUACCGACCUCAUAUCCUGUGUCUUCAGGAAGUUGACCACUACUAUGACACCUUCCAGCCGGUUCUGGAAGGCGUGGGUUACAGCAGCAGCUUCUGCCCCAAACCCUGGUCGCCCUGCUUGGAUGUGGAGGGCAACAACGGCCCCGAUGGCUGCGCUCUGUUCUUCGAUCAGUCGCGAUUCGAGCUCCUGGACAGCAUGAACAUACGGCUCUCUGCCAUGAGGAUUCCAACCAAUCAGGUUGCCGUGGUGACGCUCCUUCGUUGUCGGAGCACAGCGAGAUGCGUGUGCGUGGCUGUGACCCACCUUAAAGCCCGCUCUGGCUGGGAGUGGCUCCGCAGUGCUCAGGGCUCUGACCUCUUGCGACACCUCCAGAAUCUGGUCCAGAAACACUCCGGCGGCCCCGCGGGUGAUCCCACCUCUGACAUUCCUCUGCUCAUAUGUGGCGAUUUUAACGCCGUCCCAACCGAGGAGGUGUACCGACGCUUCAUCACAUCACCUCUCAGUUUGGACUCAGCCUAUAAGAAACUCAGCCAAGACGGUUUAACGGAGCCAGAGUACACAACAUGGAAGAUACGUCCUACAGGGGAAUGUUGUACCACUCUGGACUAUAUCUGGUACAGCCAGGACAUGCUGAGAGUGGACGCUGUGUUGGACAUGCCCACUGAGGAACAGAUUGGACCCAACAGGCUUCCAUCCUUUAGCUAUCCAUCGGACCAUCUCUCACUGGUUUGUGACUUUAGCUUUAAGGAGAAAGAAUGAGAAAGUGGUGAUGAGUCAGCUCAUAAGAAGGGACAAGGAGUCGAGAUGGGCUCCGGGCUGGGUUCACUCCACAGGCGGGCGUGAGGAUGAGAUGUCACGUAUGAGCGAAACGAAGAGGAUGAAGAGAAGAGGCCGAGAAACAAGAGUGGGAAGUGGAGAGGUCAGAUAACUACCUCCCCAAACUCUGACACUGCGCUUGUGUGUUGUCUACAACCUUCAUCUGUACUCACACAUCAUUUGCACAGUGAAACUAAUGAAUAGGAUGUGAACUUUUUGGUUUUUACUACUUUAUAAUAUUCCUACCAUCAAACUGUGUUUAAUUGAAACUGUAGUAAAUGUGCUCCACAGUGCCAGUGUACCACACAGUCACUGAGAAUAAAGUGUAUCUGCUGUUCACUUUUAUGGGUUUUGAUUACUGUUACUUGCUCUUUGCAGUGCCCUAAAAAAAUAAUAAAAAAAAUGAA